UUUAACAUUUAAUUUUCUUUUUUUUGUAGCAUUCCUAUGAUAUGUCAAGACCACAAUGAAUUUGAUUGUACAUGUUAAGUAAUGGAAUGAGACGGCGAUUUUGUCAUACUUGCACAGGCAGGGUGGAGAGGAUUUCAUUUCUUUGUUUUCGGAUUUAUACUUUUAAUCCAAAACAUUUCGCAUUUGAUUUGGGAUGUGACUCAUCUUCUAAACUGAGCGCAGUACAAUACUCACGAAAAUAAUUUAACAAGAAAGUCUCUUGAUUGUGUUUGCAUUAUAGAAGUAAAAGAAAAACUUUCAUGCGAAAUACGAAAAAAAUGUGGAGCAAGUAAUGGUUAUAACUUAAUGAAUCAUGUCGUCAAACGUAGAAGAGAGUCCUAUUAUAAACGCGGAUAUAGAAAAUGAUGUGACUAGCAGUCGGCGGAACCUUGUAGACAAUGAACUUGGUGAAGAAACUACAGGAUGGAUCAAAAGCAGAACCGUCCUUGGCAUUAUGGGUUUCCUGGGAUUUGCAAAUGUGUAUGCGAUGAGAGUGAACCUGUCUGUUGCUAUUGUAGCAAUGAUAAACUCAACCAACCCAGUUCCAUCAAAUGACUCUACCUUAGAUGUAUGCCCAGCCCCAAUCCCUAGUAAUAAUUCAAUUCCAAUUAAACCUGGAGAAUUCAAUUGGACUGCAGAGCAGCAAAGUAUUAUUUUAGGUUCAUUCUUUUAUGGUUAUGUAUUAACUCAGAUACCAGGUGGGCGAAUAGCUGAAAAAUUUGGUGGGAAAUUAGUUUAUGGUGUGGGAGUAUUAUUAACAGCAAUAUUUACAAUCCUAAGCCCUAUAGCAGCUUUUGUUGACUUCAAGUUCUUCAUAGUGGUACGGGUGCUAGAAGGGCUCGGAGAGGGGGUAACAUACCCUGCCAUGCAUGCAAUGCUGGCUAGAUGGAUCCCUCCAAUGGAGAGAUCAAAAUUUGCAGCAUAUGUUUAUGCAGGGUCAAAUAUAGGCACAGUUAUAUCGCUUCCAAUUUCGGGAUGGCUGUGCACACUCCAGUUUGGUGGCGGCUGGCCACUGUGCUUCUAUAUAUUCGGCGGGCUUGGUAUUUUAUGGUUCAUUGCAUGGAUGCUACUUGUGUACGACACACCUCAGAAACAUCCUAGAAUAUGUCCUAAGGAAGUAGAAUAUAUUACCGCGUGUAUAGGACCACAGGAAAACCAGCAUUCCAUGUCGAUACCUUGGUGCAAAUUCCUGACUUGCGUCCCUCUCUGGGCCAUACUCAUCGCGCAGUGUGGUCAGUCGUGGCUGUUCUACACGCAGUUGACCGAGCUGCCUACCUACAUGCAAAAUAUAUUGCACUUUGACAUUGUUUCGAAUUCGACGUUGUCGGCUGUUCCGUACCUCACUUCCUGGAUAGCUGGCAUAUUGUUCAGUAUUUUCGCUGAUUGGUUGCUGGUCAAGGGAUGGAUAUCUAGAAUCAAUAGUAUGAAAUUAUGGAACACUGUUGCUGCGUUCCUGCCCGCUUUCGGCCUGCUCGGCAUAGCGUGGGCCGGCUGCGACAGGUUGACUGUGAUGCUGCUUCUGAGUAUCACUUCUAUGUUCGGUGGCGCGGUGUACGCAGGUAACCAAAUGAACCACAUAGACCUGUCGCCGCAGUUCGCCGGCACCAUGUACGGUAUCACGAACGCUGCUAGCAACAUAUGCGGGUUCAUGGCGCCCUACGUCAUAGGAAGGAUCAUUAGUACUGAACAGCAAACUCUCGGGCAGUGGCGUGAAGUGUUCUACCUUGCGGCAUCCAUAGAUCUCGGAGCUAAUUUGUUCUAUUUAUUCUUCGCAAGCGCAGAAGAACAGGACUGGUCAAGACCGGACGACGACGACAUGACUGCGUCUGCGCCGGUUGAAAGCAUACUCUUCCCGGAAUCAUAGAACAUAUUAAAUGACACACAAAAUAUGAGUGACACCAAUGUCUAAUGCGGUUGAAGGACAUAAAUGUAUGUUAGAAUACGAAUAUUUUGUUCUUAAGGUGGGUAACUCAUAUUUAAAAUGCCUUUUUAAGGAUACGGUUAUUUACUGGGCGCGAAUUCUUGAAAAGGUAAUGUACUGUAAUUGGCUCAGUGGAAUAGUUUUUAUUACUAUAUUUAAUAGUUGUAGAUUCAGUAUCAAACAUAAAAUGCUAAUACGGUGCUACUAUGGUGGAUACCUUAUGAUAAAGUCGCAUGCAGAGAAAUUUGACCCCCUGUGUACACAGAGUAUAACCUAAAACAUUGUCAAGUUUCUCUGCAGGUUACUACUUUUUGUAGAAACGGACUUUUUGUUUUCUUCAUUUUGCUCAUCCUGAUAUUUGCCUGAGCGCGCUUACUUGGGGGAAGUUAUUCUGCUUCCUCUUUAGUAGGGAUUUUUGAAUGUAGACAUACACCGUCGAUAUCACAAAAUAAACGGAAAAAUGCAAAAGAAGAAAGAAACAAUUCAUAUAAAUAAUUUUUUUACGAAAACCAGCUGUGAUUUUGUAUGAAUAUUUCCCGCGUUCUUGUAUUAUUUUCGUCAGUGCUUGCGACACAACACCAGCGUAGAUCCGUUAUUUUGGUGCAACUAAUGUUCCAUACUAACUAACGUUCUGUAGACGAUUUUCACUAUCUAAUUCGUAUUCUAUCGUCUAUUUCAGUCAGGUUUUUACUAAGUUAGACCUCUGAAGUUUCAGUUUGCAUCUUAAAAAUUUAAGUUAUAAUUGGGUGUGACGCAUAUUGAGUUUCAUAUUUAAAAAGGCAUAAUAUACCAGUAGUUUAAUUUGACAUAUUCCUAUUCGGUUAAAUUUGACCAAUGUAAUUUGCUUUAUUAUAUUUUUAUGAUAUUUUUUCAAAGUUAAUUGAUAAUUUUGUUAGUAAAUCAAUAAAAAAAUGAUAUAUUUUACUUAGCAUAUAAUUUACUUGAUGUUAUAUAAUAUUAACUCCUUGAAAAAUGUUGCUUAUCAAACGAUUUCUCGUGAUUGGGAAAUUCUCGAACAUGAAAAGCAUUUAAAUUAAAAGUAUUGUUUCUGUUUUGUCGAACGUCACCAGAUAAAGACGGCAAUAGAGUUGAUAGCUCAGGUUGACAGCAAUGUUGCUUAAAAGUAGUUUAAAUAUCGCACUGAAUUAAUUUUAUUACAAUUUAAGCAAAAUGCUUUAUAUUAUUACAUUUAGACAUGGUGGCACGUGAAUAGAUGUAGUUUCUGCGUACCCCUCCGGGAAAAAGGUGUGAUUUUAUAUAUGUAUGUAUUUAAACAUUAACAAAUGUUCUGAUAAUUAUUACUAAUAAGGUGUAAGAGGGCGAUAGUUUAAAAACGUUUUCUUGGUACAAAUAAAUUAAUUGGUUCAGUAUUCAUGGCUGUCGAUUAUUUAGAUCUAAACUUUGAUCUUAUUCGUUUUAGUUGUGAAUGUUUGAUCGAUACUCAAAAAAGGCUAAGAGACACUAGAAAUACAAUAACAUGAUGAUAACAUACGUUUUUAUUAAAAUAUAUUUAAUGUUUAAAAUACAUUAAAGGUUUUAAUUUAAAAUAUAUUUUAAAACUUGUUUUUAAGGUAGUCGCAAAAAAUAAGUACCUAUGAAUAACUUAAUUCAUGUAAAACUUACUUAAUUCAUGUAAAAAUCAAACACAUCUUUAGCAUUAUAAGUAAUAUUUUAUUUUAUUACUAGCUGACCCGGCAAACGCUGUUUUGCCAAUUAUUUUUAUAUAUUAUUACGGAACCCUAUUUUUUUCCAAAAUAAAAUAUAGUCUAUGUUACUCGUGGAUAAUGUAGCUUUCGAAUGGUGAAAGAAUUUUUAAAAUCGGUCCAGUAGUUUUUGAGCCUAUUCAUUACAACCAAACAAACAAAGUUUUCCUCUUUAUAAUAUUAGUGUAGAUAUUCUGAUAGUUUUUAAAUAAAGGUACCUAGAUAAUAAUUGCGGUUAUAUCAUUUUUAGCAGUAUUCACUUGUGAUUACUUGUUAUUUGCUUAUUAUCAUAUUUUAUGACGACGUUAUAUUAUUCUUAUAAACUAAAUUCUAUGAAUAGUCUUUAAGUUAAAAAAAUCUGAUACGUCAUAAUUAUAUGAUAUUAAAUAAAAUUUUAGUUGAAUUAUAUAUAUUUUUUGUUUAAUUUGAGGUUACUAAAAAGUUUUUUCAACUAGAAAUUAUUUUUUUAAAUCUGCACUCCAUUUAUUUAACAUCAACAAGUGUAGUAAUAAUAAUUUUAGAGGUAGACUUUCGAUGCAAUGAGAGCGUUGCUUUAAUUGGUAACAUUGUUUUUUGUUAUUUGGGAUCUCUUGGCUGAUCGAAGUAUGUAUGAAGUUAAUAGUUUAUUCCAAAUAAUAUAGUCAAUACCAUUCCAAUUAAUUGAACUGAAAAACUCAUGUCAAUUUUAGCAAGUAUUUUUAGUAAAUUUUAUCUUGAACUAUUUGAAAAUGUGAUUGUAAAAUUGGUCUGUAAAAUCUCAGCAUAAGUUAAGCCCAAACAUUUAGAUUUGAUAUAAGUAACAUAUGCCAAAUCAGAUGAAACUGUUACUAAGAUGAGUGGAUGACUGAAAGUUUGUUAUAAAAAUUAUCAUGUAUCUGCUGAAUCAGAAAAGCACUAUUAUGUACUUGCAGUCGGCCUAGACCUGUGCUACGUCGCCUUGUGUGGUUUACGAGAGGUGGCUCAAAUAUCUCGUAGGGCUGCUGUACUUGUGAUAUGAUGCGAGCCACCUAAUUUAUUUGUAUCUCAGUUUCAAAAUUAGGUUUAACUGGUCGCAUUAUGUCGCAAGUGAUUCAUCGCAUUGGACGUUCAUACUGUACUGUUAGAAGCCAAAUGUUGUAGGCAUAUUUAUACAAUUUUUUGAAAAUUUUGUCAGAUUUUUUCAGAGGUAGAAUAAAAACUGGUGUUAAAACAAAUCAGAUUUUUUACUGAGAUUCUCAGUGAACUAUAGUCACACAGAUUUCGUUUACGGUGGACGAAGUCACGUGAAACACCUAGUUAAUAUUAUAUAAGUACCUACGAGUAAUUAUGCAAUUAUCUCGCUGUGAUGUCUGACAUGACUAACUUUAAGAUUUUGUAAACAAAUAUUAUGUAAAGAAUGAAUAAUGUAUUUUUGUAGCAAUGGAAAAUAAAGUUUAAAA